AUCGAAGGUCGCCCACCAUCGUAUAUAAGCUCAGUGGAAUGGUGAGCUAUCAUCAGUCUAUCUUGAGUUGUUCGAGUGCAAGCGACACGAAUUCGAAGACACGAACAUGUUCCGCGCCGUAGUAUUUCUCUUGCUCAUCGUGGCAGUCACCAUCAAUGCUGCGCCUAAUUGCGGUGAAAAUCAAGUAUUUACUCCCUGUGGUACAAAAUGUCCAACCACCUGUCAAGAUCAGCAGCCUAAAGCCUGCACGCUGGCAUGUAUUCCUGGAUGCGAAUGUGUGGAGGGAUAUGUAAGAAAUGCGGAUAACCAAUGUGUACUUUUGCAAAAUUGUUAAUCAUUCAGAAGCAUGAUUUUCAAACGAGUAUAAUAUCGCAUCAUACCAAACAUAAAUCUAAUAAACAUUAAAAAUCUUUGCUAAUUAGUAAGCUUGUCACACAAAUUUGUAACUGUUAAUCUGAACAAUUAUACUAUGUAGCAUAUUGAAUUGAGUAAAUGUUGCUUUUUAUGUUUUUUUUAAUAAAAUUAAUUUAGAAAUA